ACGUACCUGCUGGCAGUUGGGGGUGACUAAAAAGUAUCCGGAAGUGUAGGCAGAAAAAGCAAGCAAGGCGAGAAGUGUACGAAGGACCCGCACUCUGCCAGGAUCGUCGCAAUUGAGUUGCAGGCCAGACGAGGGCAGAAGAUUUUCGAGGCUAUGACGCAAUCCUGGGAUUCGUCGGUGACGACCGUCCCUCAGGUACGGCAACAAAUGAAGAGCGCUCCAGCUUCUCCGGGCGCUCUCGAAACGCACCCAAACGCACAACGCGGGUAUGAGAUGAGGUGAGAUGUGGCGUGUGAUUUGCUGCGUCGGGUCUUGCCUUGCCCUUGCCUUGCCUGCCUUGCCUGGUCUUGCCUUGCAGGCUUGCAGGCUUGCAGCCAUAUCAUUGCCCGAGAUAACACGUCCAACUCCUUAUCUCUCGGCUCCGCUAGCUGGCUCCACUCGCUUCCUCUCAUUCCACACUGUGCUCCACAUUCCACUCCAUCAGCUCGAUGAGGCUGGGCCUGGGCUGGGCUGGGCUGGGCUGGUUUCACUUCCCCGCGGUGACCUGGCCAACCAACUUACCUAAAGAAGGGGGAAAUGUAAAAACGACUCCCCCCGGGUCUCGAUUGGGGGCUAGGGUGUUAACGACUUGUAAUUGGCUACUUAAGCUCCUUAAAGACCUUCAGUUAGAUUUUUAAUAUAAGCAUAAGCUAGUAUAUUAUAAGGUCGUGGCAAAACUCCAUCCAACCCAACGGCGUGGAAAAGCCUUAGCCGGGACGAAGCGAGGGGUGCAGCCUCGAGGCAGAAUAGGAUGCGUUUGUUUACAUACGGUCCGACGCAAGGAUCGUUAUGAAAGUUAUCCUUUUUGAAGACCCGAACCGAAAUAGGGGCUCAGGGGCUGGAUCACGUG